AUGAUACUAGUUAUUUAUAAAAUAAACAAAUUUUUAAAUUUGCAUGCAUCUACAAGUGAAAGAGGUGCUCCACUUUUUAUAAUACCUUCUAAUAAUAGUCAAUUAGAUCUGCAUACAUCUAUUGAAAAAGUCGAAACAGAAUUACAAUUCGAAACUGACAUAAAAGAUACAAUUGAUCCAUCUGAUAAAUCUUGA